CAACCCAGAGCGCGGCCUGGCGCGGGUGGCGUUGGGAGCGUAGGGACCUUGGCCGGGACCCCUCUGUUCCUAGCCUGACUUUCCUUAUUAGAGGAAAAGGCCCGGAUGGACUGAAAUUGGCCGAGUGGUGCUUUGCGUUCUUUUUUGCUGCAAUUCAUUGCUAAUUACUGUAGGUGGUUUUCACAGACAGGAGUACAGUAAGCUACAACCAAAGUUGUAUCAUUAUUUUUACUGCCAUAUUCACGGAUGCAACGUUAGGAUGCCCGGUUGUCUGCGGUGACAGCAGUCAUGGCUGGGCCCCUGCGGUGGGCCACUGCAUUUGUGCAGCGACACAGAGCAGGCGUCUUGGUGGGUUCCUGCACAGGCCUGUUUGGGAUACAGAUGUCUUACCACCUCUUCCCGGAUCCCGUGAUCCAAUGGCUCUACCAGUACUGGCCACAGGGCCAGCCGGCCCCCCUGUCCCCGGAACUGCAGAACCUCUUCCAAGAGGUGCUGCAGGACCUGGGUGUUCCCUCAGGCCAUUGCUACAAGCCCUUCACCACUUUCAUCUUUCAGCCUGUGAGUGCUGGCUUCCCGAGACUCCCUGCUGGGGCUGUGGUGGGCAUCCCCGCCAGCUUUCUGGGGGUCCCACUGACCAAUAUUGACCAUUCUGUGGUUGUCCAUGGUCAAAGAGUGGACUGGCAGAGCCCAGCAGGUGCCCGGCUGAGAGAUGCCCUCACCCUGUCCCAUGAUGCCCAGAAGUUCGCCUUGGCUAGGGAGGUGGUGUUCCUGGAGAGCAGCGCAGCCGCCCUACAGGCCCUGCCCGGCCCUGUUUGCCUGACAGGAACCUGGGCACUAAGUGUGGGUGCCAAGCAUGCACUGGGCCUCUAUGGAGGCCCCACGAACCUACGGGCUGCCUUCAACUUACUGGCAGCUGUGGCAGGCUUCGUGGCCUACGCCCUCUCCACAGACUCUCUGACUCAUGCCCUGGAAGCCUGGCUGGACCGCCGCACAGCCUCUCUGUCUGCAGCCUAUGCCCGGGGUGGAGUGGAGUUCUACGAGAAGGUUCUAUCGGGCAACCUGGCCCUGCGCAGUCUCUUGGGCAGGCGUGGGGAGAAGCUGUACACACCCAGCGGGAACAUCAUCCCCAGACACUGGUUCCGAAUCAAACAUUUACCCUACACAACCCGCCGGGACUCUGUGCUACAGGUGUGGAGAGUGACGUUCAACCCAGGCCACUCCUGAAGGACUGAGGACAAGGACAACUCUUGCUGUUAACUCUGAGGGAGCCUCUUGGUACCUCUGCAUCCACAGCCCAGUGUCAGGAAAAUGACAGGCAUUGGAGUUAAGCCACCAAGAUUCUUUCUUAGCAUACCCUGUAUGGACCCAGUGACUUUGGGCAAGUCCCUUUAUGAACAUGAGAGUGGGGAUGAUGAGAAUGACCUUGCGGGGUUGAAGGGUUGUGUGUGGCCUGCAGAGGGCAUACUAUAUUCAUAGACAGGUGUCCUCCUUGUCCUUGACUGCCGUUCAGCUGUGGAGUCAGGCCAUGCCUCACCACCACCAGGUCCUUACAGUACGUGAACACUGCUACAGCAGAGAACCACCCCCAGUGUGCCUGGCAGUCACAGCUCAGUUUUCCUCUGCUAUGGUAGGUGGUAGCGUGCCACACUGCAGAGCUAGAAGCCAAAUGGUAACUGCAGUUUGAAUCCCCAACACAGCCUGAAGCAGCAUGUAUAUAAGUUCCCAAGAUAGGAUGGGCUGGAGGAAGGGAGUGUGGCAGAUCUGACCCUGCAGCAGGUGCUUUUCUCUUUCUCACUCUCACGCACAUGCUCUGUCAUGAAUAAAGAAAAAAUGUAAGA